UUUUCAGUUCCGAAACUGUAGUUCAACUUAGAAAACAUAAACUUUGUAAAACAAGACUUAUCGAUAACACAUAUUUGAAUUUGAUUAAAUGCUACUUAUUUACGUUGAGAAUCAUUUUCUUUUUUGUCGUCACUUCUAUCGUCACAAAAUAAAGAUAAAGCAAAUAAUCAUAAAUCAACGUCCUUGAAUAAAAGUGAAAAAUAAUGACGUGAUGUCAAAUAAUGAUGUUUAUUUGAAAGUGAAAGGAAAAUUUGAAUUCAAAUGGAAUUGAUGAACUGAAAGAAAGGUCUUAGGCUGAAAAUAAUUUUUUGGCAUGAUUCUCCGAAUAUGAAAAAUAUCUUAUGACAUGUUGCACAAAUAUUAUGAAAUCGUUGAGAAUCAUAUAUUCUCCACAUUGCAUAAGCUCUAUUUCACGAGAUUUUCUUCAAAAUUAUUCUGAUUGAAGAUAAUUUAUUGAAUAAUUUACAAUUUUACUUCACUGAUAAAUGGAUAACAAAGUGACUUCAGAAAUUUAUAACGAAUUCGAUUAUACCAGUCCUUUGAAACCUAUUAUCAACACCGAGAAUGUAGUUUCUAAAUUCAGAUUCAAAUGCCCCCCUAAAAAACCCCUCACGGAUAAAGAUGGAGAUAUAAUCGUCUGUAGAAAGCCAAAGAAAGAAAAUUAUAGAAUAAUUCAAAUUGAGCAUAGUAGACGUACUGCUUUAGAUUUAGUUGGUUUGCAAAUGUGGCGAGGAUCUCUAUUACUUGCAGAUUGGCUGAUCUUCAACUCAGAUAAAUUCCCGAAAGACAAUUUUAUAUUAGAAUUAUCAGGUGGUGUAGGAUUCACAGCAAUAGUUGCCUCUAUGUUCUACCCCGUAAUCUGUACAGAUGUUGAGAAAGGAGAUUUGUUUCAGUUAUUAAAUGGUAACAUCAAGAGAAAUCAGUUACUGGUCAGGAAUCCAAUUCACAUUUUAAAUUUGGAUUUUUUCACACAGAUAAUACCAAGUUUUGUGGUGGAAAAUUUGGAUAAAAUAUCUGUUAUACUGGCAGCAGAAGUUAUUUAUGAUGAUGAGCUGACUGAUGCUUUCUUGAGAACCGUGGAACAUCUGCUGAGUGUUAGUUCUACUGAGAAGGCUUUAUAUUUAACAUUUGAAAGAAGAUACGUUUUCACAAUAGAGGAUUGUGACGCUGUUGCUCCAUGUUUUGAACAUUUCUUAAGACAGAUUCAUUUGUCUAAACUGAGUUAUGAAGAAAUUCCAUUAGAUUUUCCUCAAUACUUUGAGUACGACAGAAUUAAACAAAUGGUGUUUUGCAAAUUGAAGCUUAAGGUUUGAAUUUCAUAUACUUUAAAUUUUUUGAG